CAGCCCUCCCCGCUGGGGCUCCAGGCCCUAUGUCCUCACAGCCACUCUGCUCCCGGGACCAUGGGCGUUGGCACCAAGACCCCAGCCCUCAUCGCCCUCCUCUGCCUCGGGCUGUGCUGGGGACGUUGGGACGAGGCACAGGCACAGGCAGGGACCCUCCCCAGACCCUCCAUCUGGGCUGAGCCAGGCCCUGUGGUUUCCCAGGGCAGCCUUGUGACCAUCUGGUGCCAGGCGACUCCUCAGGCUGAGGUCUACCGUCUGUAUAAAGAUGGUACAUUUCUCAAGGAUACACGGGCCCAGCAGGACUCCACUCACAAGGCCGGCUUCCUCAUCGGGUCAGCAAAUUCAAUUAAUGCAGGGCGGUACCACUGUGCCUACUAUGUCUCAUUCCGCAUCUCCCAGGCCAGUGACCCCCUGACCCUGGUGGUGACAGGUUUGUUCCCAGCACCCUCCCUGUCAGCGCAGCCAAGCCCCGUGGUGGCCCUGGGAGGCACCGUGUCCCUCACCUGCAACUCAGGUGCUGUUUCAGGCCCAGCCUAUUUGCUGAAGGAGGGAGGAGCCGGCCCUGCCCACAGACAGGUGUCCAGUUACCUCAAUAGGACACGCACAUGGCAGGCCACCUUCCGUGUGGGGCCUGUGAACAGCACCCACGGGGGCAUCUACAGGUGCUACAGUUCGUCUUCCAUCAACCCCCAUGUGUGGUCACUGCCCAGCAGCCCCCUGGAGCUCCAGGUCACAGGGGCUCUGAGGGAGCCGUCCCUGUCGGCCCACCCAGCCUCGCUGCUGCUCUCAGGGAAAAACCUGACCCUGCGGUGUCACUGUGAGUCCAGCUGUGAGAGAUUCGCGCUGACCCAGGACAAGGGGCACACAGCCCCCCCACAGCGCCUGGUGGGGCAGCGCAGCCCUGACUUCCACCUGGGCCCCUUGUACAUAUUCCACCGUGGCCGGUACAGGUGCUAUGGUGGUCGUCAGGACUCCUCUGUGUGGUCAGCCCCCAGCGCCCCGCUGGACGUCCUGGUUGCAGGAAUGUUCCAGAAACCCUGGCUGCAGGCCCAGCCGGGGCCCUCGGUGCCUUGGGGUGCAGCCGUGGCCCUGCGCUGUGGCUCUGAGGAGGGCUUGGACACCUUCCUCCUGCACAGGGAGGGCUCAGACGAUCCUCCCCAGCGCCUGCGUGUGCAGGGCACGGCCACGCCUGCCCAGGUCACCUUCACCCUGAGCCCUGUCACCUCAGCCCACGGGGGCACCUACAGGUGCUAUGGCUCCCACAGCAGCGACCUCUACCUGUGGUCGCACCCCAGUGACCCCCUGCAGCUCGAGGUGUUAGCCCCCCAGCCCCAGGACCACACCGUGGAGAAUCUCAUCCGCUUGGGCGUGGCGGGCUUGGUCCUGCUGCUGCUCGGGCUUCUGCUGCUGGAGGCUUGGCUCAGCGCGAGGAGGACCCGGGGCACAGCAGCAGGUGACCCCGGGAGAGGACAGCGAAGCCCUGCAGGUCCACUGCUCAGUUCCACAGAAUCAGCCCCCGGAGUGCCCUCCCCGCUGGGGCUCCAGGCCCUGUGUCCUCACAGCCGCUCUGCUCCCGGGACCAUGGGCGUUGGCACCAAGACCCCAGCCCUCAUCGCCCUCCUCUGCCUCGAUGGUACAUUUCUCAAGGAAACACGGGCCCAGCAGGACUCCACUCACAAGGCCGGCUUCCUCAUCGGGUCAGCAAACAUAUACAGCGCAGGGCGGUACCAGUGCGACUAUCAUGUCUCAUUCCGCAUCUCCCAGGCCAGUGACCUCCUGACCCUGGUGGUGACAGGGUUGUACGGAGCACCCUCCCUGUCAGCGCAGCCAAGCCCCGUGGUGGCCCUGGGAGGCACCGUGUCCCUCUCCUGUGACUCAGGUGCUGUUUCAGGCCCAGCCUAUUUGCUGAAGGAGGGAGGAGCCAGCCCUGCCCACAGACAGGAGUCCAGUUACCUCCAUGGGACAGGCAUAUGGCAGGCCACCUUCCGUGUGGGGCCUGUGAACAGCACCCAUGGGGGCGUCUACAGGUGCUACAGUUCAUCUUCCACCAACCCCCAUGUGUGGUCACUGCCCAGCAGCCCCCUGGAGCUCCAGGUCACAGGGGCUCUGAGGGAGCCAUCCCUGUCGGCCCACCCAGCCUCGCUGCUGCUCUCAGGACAGAGCCUGACCCUGCGGUGUCACUGUGAGUCCAGCUGUGAGAGAUUCGCGCUGACCCAGGACAAGGGACACACAGCCCCCCCACAGCGCCUGGUGGGGCAGCGCAGCCCUGACUUCAACCUGGGCCCCUUGUACAGCUCCCACGGGGGCCGGUACAGGUGCUAUGGUGGUCGUCAUGACUCCUCCGUGUGGUCAGCCCCCAGCGCCCCGCUGGACGUCCUGGUUGCAGGAAUGUUCCAGAAACCCUGGCUGCAGGCCCAGCCGGGGCCCUCGGUUUCCUGGGGUACAGCCGUGGCCCUGCGCUGUGGCUCUGAGGAGGGCUUGGACACCUUCCUCCUGCACAGGGAGGGCUCAGACGAUCCUCCCCAGCGCCUGCGUGUGCAGGGCACGGCCACGCCUACCCAGGUCACCUUCACCCUGAGCCCUGUCACCUCAGCCCACGGGGGCACCUACAGGUGCUAUGGCUCCCACAGCAGCGACCCCUACCUGUGGUCGCACCCCAGUGACCCCCUGAGGCUCGAGGUGUCAGGUCUGCACCGCCCCCUCAAGAUCCUGCUCGGGGUCUCUGUAGCCUCGUUUCUGCUGCUCUGCCUCUUCCUGCUCCUCCUCUUCAUCUUCAUCCGAAAGCGGCGUCAGCGCCAACGCAAGUCAGGAGCAGAGCCCAGGCACCAAGCACUGCCCAAGAGCUCCGGCCCAGCGGCUGAAGCCCAGGAAAGCUUGUAUGCUGCUGUGAUGCCCACAGCUGCUGGGGAGACGAAGCUGGACGUUCAGGUCGCUGAAGGCCUUCAGGAGGUGACCUACGCCCAGCUCAGCCACAAGGCACCCCAACAGACAGCCACCUCGCCCCUCCCAGAGGAGCCCAGCACGUAUGCAGCCCUGGCAGUCCACCAGCCUGGUACUGUCCCAGGGGGCCAACUGGGCUGUCCCCCACCCUGUGGCCAGUCUGGGAGGUAA